AUGAAAUGUCUUCCAUCAAACAAACUCCCACUAGCAAAAGGCAACAUCCUACACGACUGGCACGCUGAAGUCAUUGCCAUCCGAGCCUUUAACCGCUACCUUAUGGACGAAUGUGUGCGCAUCUCAUCACCGCCCUAUCCUACGUCGGAGUUCAUUCAAUCCCGACAUCCCCGAGAUCAGACGCCACAGCUAUUUACUAUCCCCGACGAUGUAUCAAUCCACAUGUAUUGUUCCGAAGCACCCUGCGGUGACGCAAGCAUGGAGCUCACCAUGGCCGCGCAAGCAGAUGCCACGCCAUGGACAAGCCCGCCCCCAACCCUCAAGGAAGCCACUGCAGCGUCACCUCCACAGUCACCCAGCCCACCAGGUCAAACGACUGGCGACUCAGCAGAAGAUAUCGGAUCCAGCGCCCUACGCGGCCGCUCAAACUUCUCCCACCUCGGCGUCGUGCGUGCCAAACCCUCCCGACCAGACGCACCCCCUACCCUGAGUAAAUCCUGCACCGACAAACUCACUCUCAAGCAAUCCCUCUCUCUACUCUCCUCCACCAAUUCUCUCUUCAUCACGCCACAAAACGCUUAUCUGGAUACACUCAUCCUCCCUGUCUCACAAUACGUGCCUCAAGCAUGCGAGCGCGCCUUUUCCCCCACUGGCCGCCUCAACAAUUUGUCUUGCUCAACGACACGUGAGUGGUGUGGGGGAUACACAUUCCAUCCAUUCACAGUAAAGCCUACCACAAGGGAAUUCACAUGGUCGAGGCGUGCGCUAGCUGCAGAAGACACCGCGGUAUCAAGCAACCUCUCAGCAGUCUGGACACCGUACUGGCAAGAGACGCUCAUCGGCGGCGUGUUACAAGGGCGAAAGCAAUUGGAUCCCCGUGGCGCGAGUCGGAUCAGCAGAAGAGGGCUGUGGAUGGAAGUCAUACGGGUAGCAGGGAUGCUGGGCGGUGCAGCUGCGUCGGUGCUUGGCGUGAAGAGGAAAUACGCCGAGAUGAAGAAUGACGCUUUAUUGUCGGAAAGAAGAAGAAUAAAAAGCGAUAUGCAGAUUGCGUUGAAGGGCUGGCCGAAAAACACGGGCGAUGAUGAGUGGACUUUAGACUAG